AUGUCCAAGCCUAAACCUGGGUUAGGUAAAGGAUUAGUUCGUAAUCUGACUGUAUCCCAAUAUCAUCAUCCUUCAUCUGGUAUAAUAACCUUGGCACCGGUCAUCGGUCAACAUGGCCAUUCAUAUUCCACUCGUUCGUCUUCAAGCCAUAAUAGUUCUGGUCCAAUAACAUCAAGUAAGAAUGGGUGGCCAAACAACCCUUCUCCCUCGAUAUCAUUAUUACCCACAUGGGAUCAACCCAGUGAUAUCGUCACCUCGUACCAAUCGUCCUCCUCAUCUUCUAAUCGAAUACGAUUAAAGACUACCAACACGAAUCAGUAUACUCACCAAUCCCGACGAUACUCUUCAUUAUCCAUCUCCCCCUCGGCAUUCCUCACAUCACCUAUCCCACCCUCAUUAUUCUUUGACAAAUCGCUCUCUUUUCAAUCUCCACCUUCAUACACCUCACCUGCUCAGAUAAGCUUGGAAGCACUCCUCACAUCCCUGGAAUCAUCUUCGUCCUUCAGCUCAAAUCCAAAUUAUGGCCCAGGCAACACGUUCGAUAACCUACCUCCUGAUCCGCCUUCUUCCGCUUCCACAUCAAGGGGCAAUAGUCCUAAUCAACCUCUUAAAACUCUCAGAUCCGUCGAAUCACAUACCGUUCUCUCUCCUAGUCCUCUACCAAUCUCAUCAGACUCCAACGACUCUUCAUCCUCUCUAUCAUUCUCUUCAAACUCCUUAUUGGGCCUUAACGAACAUUCGUCAAAUACUUCAUAUGACUAUCCUCUAAAUAAUGAGAAUGAAGAGGAAAUCUUACCAUCUACGUACUCUUCGACACUGAUAUUUCAUCUAGGAUGUUCAGGCCUUGCCAAAGAGAGAUUACCUAUCCCAUCGUCAAGUAGGAGAUCUCGUCCUCCUACCCCACCCCGUCAGAGAUCAUACCCUUUACCCCCUGUUGAUCCGCCGACAGUACUCAAGUCGAUAGGCGUAGGUGAAGAUGCGUACUUUGCGAGGUCGGAUGGACUCUGCAUAGCGGAUGGAGUAGGAGGAUGGUCAAGGGCCGCUUCGUCGGGUGAGAAAAAGGCUGAUCCAGGUAGAUGGAGUAGGUUGUUGACGCAUUUCGUAGAAGAGGAAGUGAAUGACUGGUGGGUUGGGAAGGAGUACUACCUCUUACCGAGAGAGAUGGGGAAUGAAAAGGGUAAUGACAAAGAUAGAAAUCAGAAAUCAACACAGAAACAGCAAGGAUGGGCUAGGGAAUCUUGGGAAAAUAAAUUGGGUGGUAGCAUGAAGAUGUCGUCUUCGGCUUCGAUAUCAACCGCUCCAUCUUCAACAAGUCCGGGGUCUAUCAAUGGGAAAGUGAAAAGUCUCAAAAGAGAAAGAGAGAGAAGACCUAUAGAUCCCGUUGAGAUCAUGCAAAGGGGAUUUGAGAAGUGCCUAUCAUGUAUAAAUGACGAGGGUAUUCACGGAUCAUCAACCUGUUUACUCGCUUUACUCCAUAAUUCCACUUUGCACAUUGCCAAUCUCGGUGAUUGUUGUUUGCUGUUGAUCAGGAAAGGUGAAGUGGUAUUCAGGACUCAGGAGAUGCAACAUGCUUUCAACUUCCCUUUACAGGUCGGUACACAUAGUCGUGAUGAGCCUAUGAAAGAUGCCCAGCGGUACGAUGUAUCAGUGAAAAAGGGGGAUGUGGUGAUACUGGGAAGUGACGGGCUGAUGGAUAAUCUUUUCGACGAAGAGAUAUUGGAAAUAGUCUUACAAUACACCUCAUCUUCUAAGAACGAUCAACCACCUGCCACCUCUACCACGUCUUUUCCCCCGUUCUCGCCUCAACAGAUAUCUGAGGCAUUAUGUCGACGAGCACGAUCCGUUUCCGAAUUGGUGACAGCCACUACCCCCUUUAUGUGCAAAGCGAUAGAAGAAGGUAUAGAUUUCGUUGGUGGGAAGAAAGAUGACAUUAGCGUUUUGGUGGGUGUCAUAGGUGAUAGAGAGAAAGAGGGUUCCGAAGGGAACGGGGAAUUGAAAUUGCAUUUAUAA